AUGCCGGGCCCCCGCCUGCUGGCCGCGCUCUGCGGCGCGCUCCUCUGCGCCUCGGGACUCUUGGCCUUCUCCGGUGACUUCUGUGACUCUAGCCAGUGCCUGAAUGGUGGGACCUGCCUGUUGGGCCGGGACAACACCCCUUUCUACUGCCUCUGCCCUGAAGGCUUCACAGGCAUCAUCUGCAAUGAGACCGAGAAAGGUCCUUGUAACCCAAACCCCUGCUACAAUGAUGCUGAAUGCCAGGUGAUCAAGGACGAACACCGGGGGGACAUUUUCACCCAGUACAUCUGCAAGUGCCCUCAUGGCUACGCAGGUGUCCACUGUGAGAUCAGUGAGUAUCUGGGGCUACAGCGCCACCUGCUGGCCAUUGGCGGAACUGUGCAGAGGAGUAGUGCAGUGCCGCUGGGCCCACUGAGGAGCCCGGGUGACGAGGCCCCCAGCGUUGGGUGUGGGAAGGCCCGCUGGUGGGCACUCAGUGAGGGGCUGCUGGGGCAGGAUACAGGAUCCACCGUGAGCCCCAGGAGUUCGGACUUCUGUGACUGCCACCUGCUGGAGGGGGAUAGUGUUGUCCCGUCCGUCACUGGGUCGCCAGCAGGCCUGCCUUCCUGGCUCUGCAAAGGGGCGUGGAUGGUGGCGAUGAUGCCACAGUGGUGUGGCCAAAUGACAGACAUGAGCGCUGGAUGGAGAUGCCAGCUGCUGAGGUUCUUGACCACAGUUGCAGGCCUCGGCCUCCUAGACCACAGCUGUACCGUAGGAGUGACAGAGGCAAGUGCCGAGUCCCGCCCAAGAUGUGCUGAACCCCUGGGCAUGAAGGACAACACCAUCCCCGACAGGCAGAUCACGGCCUCCAGCAUCUACAGGACCUGGGGCCUGAAUGCCUUCAGCUGGUAUCCCUUUUACGCGAGGCUGGACAAGCAGGGCAAGUUCAACGCCUGGACCGCCCAGACCAAUGAUGCCUCUGAGUGGCUGCAGGUUGACUUGGGCACCCAGAGGCAAGUGACGGGCAUCAUUACCCAGGGGGCCCGAGACUUUGGCCACAUCCAAUAUGUGGCAGCCUACAAGGUGGCCUACAGUAACAACAGCAUGAACUGGACCGAGUACAGGGACCAGGGGGCCUUGGACAGCAAGAUCUUCCCUGGCAACUUGGACAACAAUUCCCACAAGAAGAACAUGUUUGAGAUGCCCUUCCUGGCUCGCUUCGUGCGCGUCCUGCCCAUAGCCUGGCACAACCGUAUCACCCUGCGUGUGGAGCUGCUGGGCUGCUAG